CGCAAAUAGCAGCGAAUGGAUGAAUCCGGUCGAACGAAGAGGAACGAAGUUGACGCGGAAUGCGAUUGAUCCGAAAUGAAUUGAAGCGAAAAGUGAAAUUUUCACGAUCUCAAGAACAAUUUGGACGAGUAAUGUUUCUCAAGAGACAAAUAUUUUUUUCCAAAAUGAUGAAACACGCGCGCACGGGAAGCAAAGAACUUCUCGAUCACACGCUAGUUACGAAGCGCGUCUUAACCUAAUCUCACCUAACCUAUCUUACUACGCUGCAGUUCUCCAAAAGAAUCUCAGGUUUGCGUAUGCAAAAAAAAAAAAACAUGAUGUCUAACGGCAUUCAAAAUUCAACCGAAGAAGUUGAAGAUAGCUCUGUGGCGAAUAAUGUGAAUAACAUACAUCACUCGACCUCAGCAUCAUCAUCAUCAUCAUCAUCAGCUUCGUAUAUGAAGCUAUCUUCUUACAUCCUAGCUGUUCGGCCGUGGUCUUUAAAUGCUUCGUUGAUGCCAACGUUACUUGGAUCGGUUCUGGCAUAUAAAUCAGGCCUAACAAGCUUCAGUUGGAUGUCACUAGUUCUCACUGUAUUUAUAGUACUCUGUGUACACGGUGCUGGCAAUGUGGUGAACACUUACUUUGACUAUAAAAAGGGUGUUGACAGUCGGAAGAGUGACGACAGAAUACUGGUUGAUCAUUUGUUAUCCAAGGACGAAUUGGUCUCCUUGGGAGCUUUUUUAUAUAUGGUAGGCACCGCUGGAUUCGUUCUACUGGCGUGGCUGUCUCCCGCGAAAAUGGAACAUCUAGCUUUUUUAUAUUUCGGAGGUUUGUCCUCUUCUUUUCUAUACACGGGCGGUAUAGGAUUGAAAUAUAUCGCUCUAGGCGACGUACUUAUCUUAGUUAUAUUCGGUCCGAUCUCAGUUCUGUUCGCGUUCAUGGCGCAAACCGGAUACAUUGAGUUGGGAACGAUUUAUUACGCAAUACCUCUAGCGCUAAACACCGAAGCUAUUUUACAUAGCAACAACACAAGGGAUAUGGAAAGCGACAAGAAAGCGGGAAUCGUGACGCUUGCAAUUUUGAUGGGCCACACCGUGUCUCAUGUUUUGUAUGCUUUUUUACUAUUUACACCUUAUAUUAUCCUCGUUGUACUGGCAUUUAGGUAUUGCAUAUGGUUUUUACUGCCGGUUAUUACAUUGCCAACUGCCUUCAAGAUAGAAAAAGAAUUUCGAAAUCCCAAUAGAAUUCAAAAUGUGCCUCAGCGAACAGCCAGAUUAAAUACGUGUUUAGGUAUGUUGUACGUUGCCGCUUGCCUGUUCGCGUACAAAGGCUCGCUCCCUUAUCUCUAAAUUUAAUUUAUUUAUAUAAAGAAAUUUUUUUAUAUUAAUUCUGACUUACUCCUCGGUCAGUCGUUACGAGAUGUUUUUUCUAAUCCCAUCUAGCAAUUGAAGAUACAAAAUUUAUGUUUUGAGAAACUUGACAAAGUGAAUAAAUUUAACAACGUUUUUUUGCAACGUUUGUUUUAUUCUUAAGAUCUAAGGUUUAAAGACCCGGCGCCGCAAUAUUACGGCAACACAAGUUGAGAAACUAAAUUGUGUAUCAUUGUCGUCGAAUCAAGAAAAAAAGCGUAAACAUGUUGUUUUGUUAUUUAUCUUUUGUUCGAUCUAAACGCAGGUACAGUCGAGACCGAUCACUUAGCAUAUGGAUCAUGUAUGCGUUUUGUUAUAGAAAGUGUUAAAAGAAUGUGUUAAAAGAAAAAGUUUCUCUCUCGUGUAUAAAAAUUGAUUUGAUCAAUUUUAAAGUUUUAG